UACCAGCUCGAUGUCAAGAAAAUGGCAGAAUGAAUCGGACGAGGAGUGUGGACUUUUGACAGCGUUUUAGGUGUAGACGGGACGGAAUCAAAUGUUGGGGACACGAUGAAUUCCUCACCCGAUACACCAAUUCUCAUAAAUUCUGAUGAAGAUGAAGAUGAUAGUGAUGUGGAGUUUAUUCAUGAAGAAAAGAAUGAGGACUUGGACGUGAUAUUUGUAUCACAAUCCACAACCACACUGGUCACUCCGAAAUGUGAUGAACAGCAUACAGGAUGUGGCCAUGUGGUACCCUCCGUAUCAAACCGCAGCAUGAGCAUAUCCAGUUCUCUGGGUAUGACCUUGACAAUAGAGGACCGUGACCUCAACUCGCCUCUGGAUCUGUCAUCUAAAAAAGGGCCAAGUGAUUUCAGUGAUAUCAGUGAGCCAAGUGAUGAUUCUGAUGAUGACAGUAGUGCUAUCGAUGACCUAGAUGAGGACAGCGAUGUCAUACAGAGCCUGGUAUCAGGUAGCAGUAAGGGUGUGGACAGGGGAGACCUUGGCUGUAGGCUGAACAGCGGCAGUACUGGGGAUAGCCUUAUGCAGCCCCUACAGGACAGCAGUCUCACUAGCAAUGGUGUCACCUCAAUGGAUGUCCUGGACAGCUCUGAUGUUACCAUGGCGGUAGUCAGUUCCUCGGAUACCAACAUCCCAACAGCUGGGCAGGGAUGUGUUCUAUCUGUGCCCUCGCCACAUGUAGCAGACAUGGACAUUAAACCACAUAUACCUCAUUUUAAAACUGAAAAACUGGAAUCUUUUAUACAUGUGGGAACUAAAACCAAGGAUGGAUUGAUACCUAAGGUGGCUCCUGUCUUGUCACGUCCAAAGGAUCUUCAGUCCACGUCCAAAGGCAAGGACGAGGAGACAUCAGGGGAUAUCUGGGACACUCUCAAAAAAGACUUGGACUUUUUGAAUGACACACCAUCGUGUCCAUCAGCACAAAGUUCACUGUCCUACCCGGGAGGAAGUGGGCCAGGCACACUGAGUAUCUCCAAGAUACUGGAUCCCACACAUCCGCCCUACAAGUGUAUGAACACUUCCACACAGUCAUCAAACAAUUUUUCAAUCUCAUCCAUACUAAACUCCUCUGCCUCGACAGACCCCAAUCUCCGCUUGAGUCAAGUUCACGUCAAGGACAAGGUCAAUGCCAGUCAUAUACAUGUAUCCUCUACACCAAAGUCAGACACUUCUUCUCCAUCGACAAGUAUGUCGGUGGACGACCUUGCAUUCAGUAACUCUAUAAACAAGCAGUUACCCCCAAAGAAGCAGCAACGCUGUAUGAGGCAGUUCAGCUGUCCUUCACUGCGGAAAGGUGGUGCUUCAUCAGCUGUUCCCUCAUCAAAGUCGCAAAGUUCAUGCUUCGGCUGGGAAAAAUGUUCGUAUUGUCAAGUCUCUCUUAUGGGUCUCAAGUCGUCACGGUGCCUACAAGGUCAUGUGACUUGUGGUAUGUGCCUGGAAGAAAAGGUCAAACUAGUGCUAACGGGAAAAACCAAGGAAUCUCUGCGUUGUGUUCAGAGCGGUUGUGACAGUUACUACCCAAUGAGUGAGCUGAAACAGUCACUGCCAAACAUUGUGGUGGAGAUACUGGAGGACAAGUUAGACAAUGACUACAUUGACUAUAUUGCCAAUAUGAUCCUGAAGAAUGCAGGUGCCUCAUCGCCUCCUUCCUCUAACUCUGCUCCUUCCAUAUCCUCUUCUACUCUCUCCCUUUCCUCCUCUGCCUCGUCCUCCACCUCCUCUGUACCCUCAACUUUGGCUGUCCCCAUGGCAAUGAUGGACGACUCUAUGGGUGCCUCAACUAGCCAGCCAUCCAAAGGACCGGAGGUCAAGGACACCAAUGAACCUGUUAAACUAGAAACACCAACUGAGAAAAAAGAACCGAUGAUGGAAGACUGUCCACUUAACUGGACGCAGAUGGACAAACGAUCUAGCUAUAUCAUGGUUCCUCUUGAACCCGAGUCACAGGAAUACGUUGAUGUCGCCCUCAAGUUCCACAAUUCAAUGAAGUUCCCUGCAGCUGAUAUCACCAAAAUCUUCAGAGUUCAAAACCCGAUUCUCUGGAAAUAUUACACAGUGAAGAGAACUGAGAUGAUUAUAGAGAAUGACGGUCUGGAUGUCCAAGAGAACAGCCUGUUUCAUGGCACUACAAGCUCGGUACUAGAUGCCAUUUGUAAAAAAGGUUUUGAUUGGAGAGUGUGUGGAAAAAAUGCUACAGUUUAUGGUCAAGGUUCGUACUUUGCUGUGAAUGCUUCCUAUUCUCACAUGUACACGGAUAAUGGGAACGAGAACCGUCGUCGUGGACGUGUUGUCACUUUGUUGUCUGGGAUGCCUCGACCAAUGCCGGCCCAUGUGCCAUACCUGUCGACACCCCCAACCUCAAACGUUCUGUCUACACAGAUUGGGUUUGGUCCUUCAGCAAUACAAGUGUACCCUCCACCUACUCCGAUUACUUCCAUCUCCACCGGAGCCAAUACUAACCCUCUCUCCAACAUCUCUACGCCAUCUAAUCCUUCCAGCUCCUCCCACAUGGUAGCUCAGGGUCUGGGGGCUCCUCCCCCUUCCGACAAAGGAUCCAAUAAUUCCAGUCAGGUGCCACAGCAACAGGCCGCAGCAUCUUCUGCCCAGCCAGCUCCAGGACCAAUCAGAAACAGGCGUAUCACACAUCAGCUCACCUCAAUACGCAGACAACUGAAUGUGCUGCGUUCUAGUGUGCAGCAGUUGAGGAAUACCUCUAUACCUUCCCAGAUUGGUCAGCCUGCUCUGGGCAACCCAGCAGAUAUUCAACCAUCUAACAAAACUGUACAUAGAAUGUUUCUGGCUAAGGUGCUUGUGGGUAAAUACACAGGGGGUCACAAUGGACUGAGGAAGCCACCUCCCUUAUACCCGUGUACAGAUCCGUAUGGCAAGUGCUACGACUCUUGUGUUGACAACAUACAUAACCCAAAAAUAUUUGUCAUCUUCGACACAGCCCAGGCUUACCCUUCCUAUGUGCUGGAGUAUCAUUGUGAAGAGGGUCAGUGAGAAUUGUGGUGGUGUGCUGUAUGGACGUUUGGAUGUGUGUAGUUAGUGUACAGAUGUAGUACUUUUAAGGUUGUCCAAUAUGUUGAUACUGUUAUAAUUACCAUGGAAAUAUAUAUGUGUGUAUACAAAUAGAAAUUGCUGCAGGCAUACAACUGUUUUAAUAUAUAGAAACAGUGAGUAGUAUUUUGUAAGUUUUUAGUGGCUGUGAUCAUAUAUAUGUAUAGCAUUGAUUUAGUCUCUUUCCAACUUCAUAUUUACGGAAAAGUCAUGGACACAUUUGCUACCUCCUGACGUUGCUACAGAAAGUCACCCUUAAUGUUCAUACAUCAAGCAUCAAUUGAAAUGUUGCUAGUGUAAUAAAUUAACUGGUCACACUUCAAGUGUCGACUGAGGCGUCUCUAGAGUAAUCUGUUAACUGGCCACACUUCAAGUGUUUACUGACAUAUGGUUAGAGUAACUAGUUAACAGGCCACACUUCAAGUGUCGACUGAGGCAUCUCUAGAGUAACUAGUUAACAGGCCACAGGUCAAGUGUCGACUGACGCGUCUCUAGAGAAAUAAGUUAACAGGCCACAGGUCAAGUGUCGACUGACGCGUCUCUAGAGUAAUCUGUUAACUGGCCACACUUCAAGUGUUUACUGAUAUAUGGCUAGAGUAACUAGUUAACUGGCCACAGGUCAAGUGUCGACUGAGGCGUCUCUAGAGUAAUCAGUAAUUAACUGGCCACACGUCAAGUGUCGACUGAGGUGUCUGUAGAGUAAUUAGUUAACUGGCCACACAUCAAGUGUCGACUGACGCGUCUCUAGAGAAAUAAGUUAACAGGCCACAGGUCAAGUGUCGACCGACGCGUCUCUAGAGUAAUCUGUUAACUGGCCACACUUCAAGUGUUUACUGACAUAUGGCUAGAGUAACUAGUUAACUGGCCACAGGUCAAGUGUUUACUGAUAUAUGGCUAGAGUAACUAGUUAACUGGCCACAGGUCAAGUGUCGACUGACGCGUCUCUAGAGUAAUUAGUAAUUAACUGGCCACAGGUCAAGUGUCGACUGACGCGUCUCUAGAGUAAUCAGUAAUUAACUGGCCACAGGUCAAGUGUCGACUGGGGUGUCUGUAGAGUAAUUAGUUAACAGGCCACAGGUCAAGUGUCGACUGACGCGUCUCUAGAGAAAUUAGUUAACAGGCCACAGGUCAAGUGUCGACUGACGCGUCUCUAGAGUAAUCUGUUAACUGGCCACUCUUCAAGUGUUUACUGACAUAUGGCUAGAGUAACUAGUUAACUGGCCACAGGUCAAGUGUUUACUGAUAUAUGGCUAGAGUAACUAGUAUUAACUGGCCACACUUCAAGUGUCGACUGACGCGUCUCUAGAGUAAUUAUAAAUUAACUGGCCAAAGGUCAAGUGUCGACUGAGGCGUCUGUAGAUUAAUCAGUAACUGGCCACACUUCAAGUGUCCACCCUUGGUUUUUAACAAAAAUAACAAAUCCCGAUGAUAAAUUCCAGAAGAUAAAAUGGGAAACAUUGAAAUAUUUUUUAAAUAUCAUUUUUGAAUUUGCUUUCCUCAUUACAAGGAUUAUAUGUUAAUCUAUAUGUUUGACGUAGUUUUCAUGAUUUUUAUUAGAUACAAGAAAGACUGACAUUUUCUAGGCCACUUGCAGUAGUUAUAAUAAUUUAUUAAAUAGUCAUUUGUAAGGCAGUGUAAAAGUUAAAAUGGGGGCCUGCCCAGAUGUAAAUAGUUAAUGUGUCAUCAUGAAACACAGAUAUACAAAUGUUAUACGUUAUGCUGAGGUACAGAAAUUACAUAAUUGUAACAGAUCAGAAAUUUUAAAAUAUGACAUGUGAUUCACCACUUCUAAUUUGUUGUCAUUGGAGUAGUUUUCUUUAACAAACCGAGCUGUUCUAAUAUCAAGAGUGCCACUAUAGAAUCUUACGUUUCCUAGAUAAUUCACAAUAGAUGUGUAUGGUGUCCAUGUUAAAUAUCAUUGAGAUUUAUGUGUAUAUAUAUAUACUUACAAUCAUGAAAACACUCAUCAGUGAUAUUAUAAGAUCGUAUUCUAUGGAUGAUGGCCAUGGUCUUCAUUGGUGUUUAUGUUUUUGUCUUCACAGAUUCCCAAAGUCAAUAUGACCAUGAAUCUGAAAUCUGCAAAGUAAUCUAGCUGUGGUGAAAGCUUUACAAGCUUUACGAGAUUUUUUUUAUUAGCAGCAAAUUCAAGUACUUCAUAAUUCUACACCAAACUUCCUGUGGUAGAACAUGUAUAACUAGUUAUACUGUAGUAUGUGUGAAUUACCUGUCAAACAUACUAAUACAUUGUACCAUAAUUCUACACAAAGAUUCCUGUGGAAUGACUUGUAGCUAUUUAUAGACAUGAUGAAACUUUCAGUAGAAUACCAGUUCGUCUGUCUGAAUUACCAGUACUACACCAAACUUCCUGUGGUAUCUUGUAUCAAACAAAUGUGUGUGAUUUGUUGUCUUUCAAAUAUCAACUGUAUGCUGGAAUCUCUGUACAUUUUAUAACUUUUAAUCCUUUAAUUAAUUGAUGAUUGAUAUUCUUGUAUAAUGCAUUGGAUUUAUUCACAAUUUUUAAACUUUUUGAUCAUGAGAAAUUUAAUUGUAUGAUAGCCUGUUUCUUCUGUUCUGUUACUAAUAUUUUAACUGCCAGAUAUUUACGAAUUACCUUGAAUACAUCUUGAAUACAUUCAACUAGUAAAUGAAUCGGUUAACUCACCUUCGUCUUCAAAAUCCAAUGUAUCUGAUAUUGAUGCAUCUUUCUCUGGUCUUGUUCCCUUAAAUGCUUUGUGUUGUAGAAGCUGAGAGGAUCGGUCGCUUUACCAGCCCAGCUAGUGGUAAUUUGCAUUUACCGGGUAGCUUUAUGGUAGGGUAUGUGCCAAGAAAGAGUGAGAGGUUGCUAUCUCAAGACCUUCAUGGACACGAUAUUUAGAUACUCCUUCCCUAUUAAAGCAUAAAGACGUUAGAACUCUUUGAUUUCAAAGAUGAACCCUGUCCUACAUUUGUAAAUAAAAUUUGUUUUAUAAUCAACAACUACAAGGUAGAGAGAUUGACAUCAGGGCCUUGUGUUUGUUGAACGACUGUGUAGGAGGGUGUAUACUUAAGUUAACCACAGCUGUAAGGAAGCUCUGCAUUGACAUGCUAUAUACAUGAUGGACUAAUUACGGUAACUGGUGGUUAGGUAGUGAUGCAGGACGUUGUUACCAUACUAUGUAUAUAUACGUAUAUAAUAUAUAUACAUGUAAGUAAAUAGUGCUGCUGUGACACUUAGAAAUGUGCCAACUAAUUUAUAAUCAUCACAGAAUAUCGAUUUGAAAAAAAAUUACUGAUGAUUUCACUUUUAAAUUACAGAACAGGAAGUCUACUUUGUCUGAAAAAUAUCUGAAUGAAGUUAUCAAAUUAUUGUAUAGAUUUCUGUCUAAAUGCCUAGCUAUAUAUACUGUAUUACUUAUUUAAGAUGUUUUCAAUAUUGUUAUGUUUGAACCUCUUGAUUAAGAGGCUAUUUUUAUGUGAUGGUUGUUGUUUUUAUGGAAUCUCGUGUAGCCUUAUAAAUUCUGACACCAGGAUUAACUGGAGAAAACUGAGUCAUCUCUUUUGCUAACAUAUUGUUACCUAACUGCAUUCAAAAUUUCCAAAAAAAAUCUGAGAAUGAGAGACAGAUGUGUAGCUGUUGAUGAGAAGUAACACCUGCGGCUAAAAGAGCAUAUUCCAAGAGGGAAAGGUGAAAUUAUACAUAUGUAUUAAACUGAGUAACAGGACUGAACUUGUAUGAUAAUAUGGUGAUGUUCUUCUCAGAAGUCAGUGAUCAAGUUUUAUUGCAAUUAGAAAUGAACAAUGCUCCUAGUAUUAUUUUUUUGGGGGUCAGUAUGAAAUCCAAGAUGACUGCCCUAGCCCCACACUGAUGAGACAUUUCAAAAAAAUCAUUCUUCUAUGCAGCUGUUUAAACACAUUUCUUAAUUUACAUGCCUAUUAUUUGAUCAUGUCUUAACCAAAGUAAAAAUGAUUCCUUUAUGGUCAUAAACCUUUGUCAUUGAAGCAAUUAACCCAAGAUGGUCUCCAUGGUGAUAUAUUGGUUCUGACUUACACAUAAAAAUAGUACAAUGAUUCAGGCCCAGAAGGCCUAUUAUCAAGUAGAUUUAGAUUUGAAGAUAAAUAAGUAGUGCUUUCAAUAAAACUUCCACUUUUGUUGCGAAUAGUUAUAUGGUAUGAAAGUCUGUGAAAAGUUGAUUGUUUUCACAAUGAAGAUUUAUGUAUUAAGCUAAUGUUCGUGUCCAGUAUUCAUACAGAAGAGAGACUAGCUGUAUAGACCUGUACAGGCCUCGGACUGUGAGGCUGUCAUCAAGUGUACAAUCAUAUUAUUUGUACUACAGAAUAAAUGUAAAACAUGUCAU